AUGGAAAUUCUUCACGUUACUGGUCAACCAUUUAAUGAUUAUAGUAUUGAGGAAUAUCAAUUCCAUACUUACCAACCAUACAUUCCUGGAAAGUUAGGAUAUAAUGAUGAAAUUCGUAUUCCUAUUCAAGAUCUGGAUGCACUAACAGUUCCAGCAAAUAGUUAUCUCUAUAUCGAAGGUCAACUUCUUACCCAUGAUAAUAAAGUGCCAACAAAACUAAAAUUUAUUAAUAAUGCUAUAGCUUACUUGUUUCGUGAAAUACGUUUUGAAUUAAAUGGGGUAGUGAUUGACUCAGUACGUGAUGUAGGAUUAGUAUCAAGUAUUAAAAACUACCUUAGUCUUAACGAAAACCAAAGCCUACAAUUGCAAAAUGCUGGGUGGUUUCCAAAAAGGAGUAGACUGGAAACUAAUAAAGAAGUCCCCACAAACAAUGUGUUGGUGGAUUCACAUGGAAACUUUAACGUCUGUAUUCCAUUACGAUUACUACUAGGUUUUUGUGAAGACUUUACCAAGGUGAUCUUAAACGUUAAAAUGGAGUUAAUACUAAUUCGGUCAAACGAUGAUAUUGACGCAGUAGUAAGCGAAGAUGAGAGCGAACGACCAAAAAUUGAUAUUACUAAAUUAAAUUGGGAAGUGCCACAUGUUACUCCUAGUAUUCGAGAACAGUUGCGACUUAAUAAGAUUUCACAUUCAAAUCAAGAACUUCCUAUUAAAUUUCGUAGUUGGCAAAUGAUUGAAUAG